AUGAGUUUGCUCAAAGUUGCCGUUUUCGCCGCCCUAGCCCUGUGCGCUAGCGCUGAGCCUAAACCAGAUCCGGCGUUGUUGGCCGCUCCGUUGGCGGCUCCACUUGCCUACUCGGCACCGCUCGUACAGGCCCCCGUUGUGGCUCGUUCCUUUGCCGCUCCGGUUGCCUACUCGGCGCCCGUCGCUUACACUGCCCCGGUGGUAGCCCGUGCCGCGUAUACUGCCGCUGCUCCAGUUGCGUACAGCGCGCCAGUGGUAGCACGUGCUGCUCCAUUCGCUGCUGCCGCCUACACGGCGCCCGUGGUUGCUGCUGCUCCGGCCGUUGUUGCUGCUCGUGCCGCUGCCCCGGUAGUAGCGGCCCCGGUUGCUGCUGCCCCGAUCGUGGCUGCCCGUGCCGCUCCGGUUGUGGCUGCUGCUCCACUGCAGGCUGAGUUCACCGAUGCCUACCCACAGUACCAGUACGCUUACAAUGUCCAGGAUGCGCUGACCGGCGACUCCAAGACGCAGGAAGAAACCCGCGACGGCGAUGUCGUGAAGGGAUCGUACUCGCUGAUCGAACCGGACGGUUCGCGCCGCAUCGUCAACUACUAUGCCGAUCCGAUCAACGGUUUCAACGCCGUCGUGCAGAAGGACGUUCCGGUUGCCGUUGCAACGCCCGCCGUUGCCGUCGCUGCGAAGACCGUUGUGGCACCGGCUGUAGCUGCCAAGGCCGUCGUUGUCUAA